CAACUUUCGUCAAUAUUAUUUGCACUUCACAUGCAAAGUUUUGACACCAAAACACAGGAGAACAUGUUGAAAAUUUAAGCCUGCUUUCUAAAAGCAUGUUGAAAAUUAAUCCCACCACUCCAGCCUCUUAUAAUAUCCCCCAUUAAAUUAGGAGGUUUGAUAAAAGAACUUGCAGCAGGAAUACAAGAUAGGAUAAUUAACAACACAUUACCAGCAUAUAUAUGUAAUAUAAAUAUGCUGAAAGACAAGGUUCCUGUAGGAGAGAAAAUCUCAAUAAAGAUUUUAUCCUGUACCCAGUUUUUCAGCAACUUGGUAAGUCAAGUUUCAUAACCAGCCUAAGAGUCAGCAAGAGUCAAGCUAUAUGAACAUGUGAUAGCAUCAUACAAAGCAAUAAUUUGUGAUCCUAUGCCUGUGAAUUCUGUUAAUGGAUCAAGUUAUUUUGUAACAUUAAUUGAGGAUUCUUCAAAGUACACCCAGAUAUCAUCAAGCAGAAGAAUGAUGUCUUUGAAAAAGUCAAAUAACUGGUUACUCUAAUAGAGAACAUCACUGCAAAACAAUGCAAAGAUCCUGUGAAACAUUUGUGGCGGUGAAUACCCCUCAGAGGUGUAAGAUGGCUAUUUGAAGAAAAAGGAAAUGUUUACAAAAAAUAGUUGCUAAUGAUGUAGCAAAUAAGUAACACUGCAACACGUCGAGAACAAACAACAAUGAACACAUAUAAAUUAAAUGUGGUAAGAUUUUGCCCUGGCAUACGGGGUUCAUCAGAGCAAAAGUAGACGGACUAAAAAUGUACAAAUUUAUAUGAGACGAUGGUGGUGUUGGAUUGAUUGAUGUGGAAUGUGGAGAGGCAACGAGAGUAGAAAAGGAAAGGAUGGCAAACACUCUCCCAUUUGUCGUUAAGUUAAAGUAAUGGUGUUAUAGUAAGGUAGUUUAUGGAGUUUUCUGGGCUGCUGAAAUGGUCUGCAACAUCAGCUUUGUCUACUUUUUCGUUGAUAAUGUCUCGUCUGUGUUUGUUAAAUCUGUCUUUCAGUCGCUUGCUUGUUUGUCCAAUGUAUUGACAGUUCUUAUGACCAUUAGUUAAACAGCGUUUGUAUUGAAAUGUGUCAAGGGCCUUUCUGUAGUUGCAGUCCAGUCUUUGUUUUAUGUCGUAGUUUUUGUCAGUGUUAGUAAAUUUAAAUGUUGUAGUACCGUCUGUGCUUUAUUGGCAUGUUAUGCAGUUAUGUUGCGAGUGGCAUUUGUAAAUGCCUCUGGAAUCAAUUGGUGUGUCACUUUUUAUUCUGGCAGGAACCAGUAAAUCCUGGAGGUUUUUGGGUCUGCGGCAGCUAAAUAUAGGUAUGUCAGAGAAGACUGCUUUGCAUGUUUUUGAGUUCUGUAAUAUGUUGUUGUUUUGUUUGAGGGUAGUAGAUAGCUGCUAUGCUAAUAACCCUGUUCAAAAUGGGACAGCCAAAAGAAAGAAUAGGACCAUUAUAGAGACAGUACGAGCAAUGAUGUGCCAUGCCAAUAUAUCACAAAAGUUCUGGGCUUAGCUGGUAAAUACCACUGUUAAUCAUUGAAAUUGUGAUAUGACAGUUUCUUUCAAGCAAGUUUUGUUAUAAAGAAAACUGAACUAGUGAAUAAUGUGAGGUGUCUUGCUGAGAGUAUUUGGCUGUGUGGCAUUUGUCUUUGUGGCAAAUGAGAAGCAAAAUAAGUUAGAAGAAAAGUCUCGAAAACCAAACUUUGUUGGAUUAUUAAGCUGAAACCAAGGGAUAUAAACUUUUUGAUAUUUCAACUGAUGGAUUUGUGCAAAGCAGAGUCAUCGUAUUUACUGAAGAAGAUUUCCAUGAUUUGACAUGUUUUGUACAUCCAUGGACAUGAACAUCAUGUGACUAGCAUUCAACCUUUUUUCAAAGUUUUCAAGGGGGAUUUCCCACAUUCUUGGAAAUAAUUAUACGAGGUUUUCCAACAUUCUUCAUAAACUCUUCAAUUUCGACCUCAGAAGACCUCAUUGAUCACCUGGUGAACAUCCAUAGAUAUUCGGUUACAGACCAUUUUGGUAAUGUUACGGUCAGGGCUUUGUGCAGGCCAAGGAAACACACUGAGAUUACAGAUACGUAGCAUUUCUAGCUUUAUAUCAAGAAGUGUUACAAUGGCACAGCAAGUUUCAAACAAAUUUGAGAAGUACAAACAAAAGUUCAUGGAUGCUUUUCAGCCAUUGAUAAACCAGGCUCUUGAGGAGGAGCAACAGGUUCAGGAAUUGGCUUCUCCGUGUCAAUGGAUAAGGAGUAGUUUUGAAUAUAAUGCAUUGGGAGGAAAGUGCAACCGGGGCCUCAUGGUGCCAGUGUGCUUAGACUACUUGAGAGGGGGAAAUUUAACUCAAGACGAAGAGUCAAAAGCCAUCAAAUUGGGUUGGUGUGUGGAAAUUUUGCAAGCAUUUCUCCUCGUGGCUGAUGACAUCGUCGACCGAUCUGAGUUGCGACGAGGCAAGCCUUGUUGGUACAAAAAUCCUCAUGUUGGACUAGUUGCUGUCAAUGAUGCGUUCAUAUUAGAGUCUAUGGUGUAUCGGCUUGUUAAUCAAAUUUUCAGAAGCGAAAAAUAUUAUAUUAGAAUUGUAGAUCUUUUUCACCAGGUUAAUCAUAAAACAGUUUUCGGACAACAACUUGACUUGCUAACGUCACAAAGCGGGAAAAAGAUUGAUUUCGAUAUUUUUACGAUAGAAAGGUACAAAGCAAUAAUAAAAUUCAAAACUGCCUACUACUCGUUUUACCUUCCCGUGGUUCUGGCAAUGACCAUGGCUGGAAUAGAAGAUGAAUCGAUGUUCAACGAAGCACAACAAAUAUUAUUAGAAAUGGGAGAAUAUUUUCAAGUUCAGGAUGAUUAUCUAGAUUGCUACGGCGAUCCAUCAGUGACGGGGAAAGUUGGAACAGACAUUCAAGAGGGGAAAUGCAGCUGGCUAAUAGUGCAGGUUUUGCAAAGAACGACCAAGGAGCAACGAAUGUCAAUUAAACUAGAGGAGAACUAUGGAAUAGACGAUUCUGCCUCGGUAGACCACAUAAAAAAGAUAUUUGACGAUUUCAAAAUUCCUCAGUUAUUUGAAGAGUAUGAAAAUGACAGCUACUGCCGGAUACAGAACUUGAUCGAAACAAAUUGUAAUUCUGUGCCUAAAGAAAUGUUUUAUGCCUUAGUGAAAAAGAUUUAUAAAAGACAGAAAUAGCUAAUUUGAAUUCACUUUCUUACUGUAUCCAUUUUUUUAUGCCGGACUAAAUUUUAACUUUGUUCCCUUAAAACGUGGAGAAUAAUUAUGAAUACAUCAUCUGUAAAGAAAUUGUUUUAUUAAUUGAUGGACAUUCAAAGUAAUCAGACAUUAUUACCUUAAAAAACUUGGCUAA